GGGUGGGUGGUCCCUCCUCCUCCUCCUCCUCCUCCCCCCCUCUCCUUUUGGAACGUUGAGCUCCCCAGCGUUCCAUCGGCGAUUGUUCCGCGGCGCUUUCCCUUUUCUUCCCCCCCCCCCCCAGCUCUCGUUUCUCGCUUCCUCGCCAACGUUGCAGGCGGAGGAAAAGGAGGAGGAGAAGAAGGAAGAGGAGGAAAAGAAAAAAAGGCAUGUCGGAACAGCGCCUCUGCCGCUUCCUUCCCGGCGCGUGUAAACAAUAAAAAAAAAAAAAAGGCCGGCCAGGAAAAAAAAAAAGAAAAAGUGUCGUCCAGGGGAAAAAAGCGACGCCCGGAGCUCCGCGGGGCCCAUCGCCUGCCGCUCCUCCUUGCCCGUCGUCUCCCCGGCGGAAGCGGCCCGCUUGCCCCGCGCAUGGAGGGGCUCCGCUCGCUGGGGGUGAGCCUCUUCUCGGACCAGGGAGGCAGGAAAUACAUGGAGGACGUGACCCAGGUCGUGCUGGAGCCGGAGGAGGACGAGGAGGAGGAGGAGGAAGAAGACGAGGAGGAGAAGGAGGGCGUCGGGAGAGGAGCAGCAGCCCCGGGCCGGGCCGGGCCGGCAAACGAGCCCUCCCCGACUCCUCGGGCGCCCGUGCCGGCGUCGCGGUCCUCGGUGGCUUUCCUGGCCGUGUGCGACGGGCACGGCGGGAGGGAAGCGGCCGACUUCGCCCGGGAGAACCUCUGGGCGUUCAUCAAGAAGCAGAAGGGCUUCCGCUCCGCCGAGCCGACCGCCGUCUGCGCCGCGCUGCGCAAGGGCUUCCUCGCCUGCCACCGCGCCAUGUGGAAGAAGCUGCAAUGGCCCAAAACCAUGACGGGCCUGCCGAGCACAUCCGGCACGACAGCCAGCGUGGUCAUCAUCCGUGGCUCAAAGAUGUACGUGGCUCACGUCGGUGACUCCGGUGUAGUUCUUGGAGUCCAGGAUGACCCCAAGGACGAGUAUGUCCGGGCCGUGGAGGUGACGCAGGAUCACAAACCGGAGCUACCGAAGGAGAGGCAGCGGAUUGAAGGCCUCGGGGGAAGUGUGAUCAAUAAAUCCGGUGUGAAUCGGGUGGUCUGGAAACGGCCUCGUCUCAGUCACAACGGCCCCGUGCGACGGAGCACCGUGAUCGACCAGAUUCCCUUCUUGGCAGUGGCCCGCGCCCUUGGCGACCUGUGGAGUUAUGACUUCUACAGUGGGCAGUUCGUGGUGUCUCCAGAGCCGGACACGAGUGUACACACGCUAGAUCCUCAGAAGCAUAAAUACAUAAUUUUGGGGAGCGAUGGACUGUGGAACAUGAUCCCCCCCCAAGAGGCUAUUUCCAUGUGCCAGGACCACGAAGAGAAAAAGUAUUUUAUGGGAGAACAUCAACAGUCUUUGGCUAAAAUGCUGGUCAACCGAGCGCUGGCCCGGUGGAGGCAGCGCAUGCUUCGUGCCGAUAACACCAGCGCCAUUGUCAUCAGUAUAUAUUCUGGCCGAAGGUCUUGGAGUGGCUGUCUGCAAAGCGAGGAGGAACUACGCUUCAACUUGGCCGAAGGACCUUCGUAUAACAGUCCCGAAACAUGGACGAUCAACCCUUCCCAAUGCUCAACUCCACCAGCCAAGGUCGUAGAAGAUGACGUGUGGCCCCGGUUCAGUGCCUCGGAAGGCCUCCCUUUAUUCUCCUGUAGCAAUGCCACCGUGUCGGGCGGACUUCCGGAGCAACUUGACGAGCUGACGAAGGACAAUGAUGGUUUAGGCGCAAGUUGCUCGAGAGAGGUGGUGCCGCCGGACGAGAAGGGCAGCAAUGCGCUUGGACUGUGGGCACAUGACUCGUACGGUCAAAACCCACCGGGGACUCUGUCUCCCUCCAACGCCAGGAAUGCAGGUCCAGACCCCAAAUCCGUCAAGAUCUCCCCGAGUGAUGCGCCCAAAGUACAGGAACCGGAGAGGACUCCGCCGGUGGCCAGCUUCAAAAGGACAUUGGAAGAAUCCAACUCGGGGCCUCUGGUAAAGAAACCUAAACGCGGCCUGAGCCAAAACCUUGGGGGGCAGCCCGAAAGCCCCUCUUCCACCUCCCAGCAUAAAAACACCAACAGGCUGGCCAUCCGCCGAAGCGUACGUGGACAGAAAAAGUUGGGGAGCCCCUUGUUCCAUCAACCUAGGAAAGCUCUGUGUGUUUGCUGAAGCUUCUCUCUCUCGUCCAGAAUUCCACCCACAUCUGGAGAUUUGCAGAUUAAUUUGAAGCUGCGAUUCUGUUCUCUACUCACAAUUUUUUUAAACUCCCCCCCCCAUCAUUAUUAUUUUUUAAUGUCGAAGAAGGUGGGUGAAUUCAGACACAGCUUUAUCCCAACCUUUGAACCACCCCCCCCCCCGUAAUAUAACUUUGUAGACUUUCUUAGGAGAUUAAAGAGGUUGCUGUAAUAUAAUAUGUGUGUGUGUGUGUGUGUGUGUGUGUGUGUCUUUGGUUAUUCGGGUUUUAUUCGGGUUUUCUCCCACGUAAAAUUGGAAGUGUCUUGGCGACGUUUCGAUGAAGUCCCAUUCGUCAU